AUGAAAGAGUUCCUGCCACCAAUUCCAGGGAGAAAACCAGUGCUCCAACGACCUUCACUGAAAACAUCAACUAUGCAGCAUAUCAGAUGCAUCAGAAUGAUGCAGUACAGCUACUGUGUGAAGAAAGUGGGCAUCUGUGAAAACAUUUCUGACUGCGAUUCUUGUAUUCAUAAUGGCACAAAUGCAACAGCAGGCUGCAACUGGAUCAAAUGUGAAAAAUACAUGUGUGUAAAUGAAACGGAAACACAUUUGAAAUAUCACAACUGUUCAUUGGAAAUACAGUGUUCUUCUCCUACAGUUGUUCCUGUUUCCAGUACUACCACAGCGUCUUCCAAUACUACCACAGCGUCUUCCAAUACUACCACAGCAUCUUCCAAUACUACCACAGCGUCUUCCAAUACUACCCCAGCCAGUUCUGCUACCAUACCUCAUACUACUAUAGCUAACGUCACCAAUGUAACUACACAUGCUCCUCUGUCUACAACUGCUAUUACUUCAGCUACCACAACAAGUAUUCCAGGUACAAAUGCUACUGUGACUCCUGCAUCACCUUCACGCAAAUCUACGUUUGAUGCUGCGAGUUUCAUAGGUGGAAUUGUCCUUGUGCUGGGUCUGCAGGCUGUCAUUUUCUUUCUGUACAAAUUCUGCAGGUCGAAAGACCGAAACUAUCACACACUUUAGGACCUGCCACUUUAUAAUGGACUAGUAGCCCAACACCUGUAGUUCACUGAACCAAAAUAUUUUCUGUUGCUCAUGGAAGACAGCAGUUCAUAAUAUCCUUUAAAUCCCUAAAAGAAGACUUUAAAAGAAUAUUUUUGCAACAUUAUACUUGGCAAGAGGUGAUAUGAAUCUCUUCAACAGGAUUACUUGCAAUAUGCUGCAUGGGUUCUAAUGGCUGUCUUAUUUUCCUUUAGUGGCUGCUGCUGUGGGACUUUUUUUUGAUAUGCCAAAUGUAGAUGUUCAGAGAUUCUUAUUCAGUGGCAACACUGUCUUGAGUAGACAAUCUCAUGAUGACUUAUUGUGAAGGCUAAUUUAAUCAACAUUUGAUACAGUAUCCCUUCAGUUUUAUCAAGGUGUGAAUUAUUGGUGACUGACUUCAGGGAGUGAAAUACCAUUUAUAUUAGCUUGUGGCUCUUACAGCAUGCUGUUAGAAAGAGGAACAAAACUGUAGAAGUAGGUAAUGUCUUAACAGAGUAACAUAACCCAUAAUUUUUUUUACACAAGAAUAACAGUUGCCUCGUAAAAUACUGCAUUCCAAAUAGAAAUCCUGUGCCCUUUCCAAUUAAAGUUGAGGGUGGAGAGGGGAUGUAAGGAUAAUCCUUCGAAAGGGGAGAUGAAGAUUAGUGCCUUAAAAAACUAAAAAUCAGUAGGCUGCAAAAGCGCCCCACCAAUCUCAAAGAUAAAUAAAACUAUUAAGUACUAGGUUUAUAUAGGAGAAUGGAAUACAUGUGACUUGAGCAUUCCAGUUUAAAACCUUUUUACACUAAAUAACUGUCCCUUAUUGACUUUGAGGGUGAGGGAGCAUGGCACAGUAAUGUUCAACUACAAACAGAAGCUUUAAGUUGUUUACCUUUUGUUCUGGCCUACAAAGACCAACCAUAAAAAUAGUAAAAUUCAGUUCACUCCUUGUAUAAAAAGGCAACAACUUACAUUUAUACUUGAAAUACUGGUGUUUGGGAAAACCUGAGGCUUUUCUUAUUCAAAUGGUUCUUAAGUUCAUUGCAAAUAAGUUCAGCGUUUGGGUUUUUUGGUUUUGUUGGUUUUGGUUUUUUCUUUUUUACCCUCCUGUAUGUCUGCUUGCUGAAGGAGCAAUUAACAGUAGUUCAGAGGAUCUGUUGAUGUGAUCCUGGUCAGGAUUCCUGUAGUCCUGGAGCUGCCAGAGCUAUACCUUUUUUCUUUCCCCUCCCCCCUUCCUGGCAUCAGGUUUGUGUCACCCUGCAGUGAACUAGUUAAGGAAAUCUAUUUGGCCAAAUAGUUUGGUUUGUUUUUUUUUUAAAUUGGCCGGAUCAGCCGUGUGAUCUGAGUAUUAAAGGUAUGUCAUCUCCAAUGUAGGUUGGCUCAAGCACCUGUGAAAAUAAACCCAGAGGAAAAAUGGAAAUACAGAUAAAAUCAAGUGGUGGAUGUAGCACAUAAUACAUAGCUUUUGAUGAUAUCCCUUGAUUAUAAAUUUCAGGAUAAUCUGUAGUACUGUCUUACUAGCCCUGACUUGACUGGAAUUUGGCACCCAAUGCAAAAUGACAGCGUUAAUGCAGAUAAUAGUGGUGGUGGAACUUAAAUAUGAAGCAAAUUAAGUGCACUUAAGUUGGAAACUUAAAGUGCAGUGUUGCUUUCUUGUGUUCUAGUUUGAAAGGCAUGGUUCCUAUUGUGCUACAUAGAAGACUCAAAUUUCUACAAAAUGCAGAGGUUACUCACUGGUACUGUACCUUUGAGUUCAUUAUCUUUUGGUUUUCUAAACAAAACUAAGACAAUCAGCUCAGGUUUAUUAAUAUGGCAGGGUGAGCAGCCAGUUUCCAGCAACAGUAUAUGUGUGAGUUAGAUGGUAUAUCCUUGGCCUUAUUGUGAAAUCACUUAUCUGUCCUUUCCCUAUCUCAGAACUAUUUUAUUACAUUUAUUUGUUUAAAAAGAUAUCCAUGAACUUGUAUUCUGUGCUUUGAAGUGAGCAAAACACUCUUCUAAGGUGUGACAGAGUUCUCCUUCAGCUCGGCAAAGCAAACUAUGCCUAGUAUAUAAUUUUUUUGGCCUCAAAGGGCUAUCUUUUGGAAAACUUGCAGGAAAGUGCUACAGAACACUUCAUAGUAUGGAAGGCAUUGUCACAAAAAAGUUGUUGCUCUGUAAAAUGUUGCUAAAAUGCUUAUAUGUGAGCUAUACUGAUCCUGAUUUAGGUUGCUGAUAAAGUAUGCUGGUAAAGCAAACUAAAAAUAAUUUUUAAAGUGCCUUAAAGUUGCUUAAUCUUUUUGCCUCAAAUUUUGUUUAAAAGGGUAGAAGGGAUACCUUGCCUUAGUUACUAAAUUUUUCUUGGUGCCAGCAAUUGCUACUUUCCAAGACUUUAGGAAACCCAGGAUCUCUGAUAUGUACAGAUGCCAAUCUGAAAAACUCGAGCUUGUACUAUAUCAACUUAGUCCUGUUCUGGAAGGCCUGCACUACACACCGCUUGCUCAUUAGCCUUGCCAACAAGGUGUAAUCCACAGUUUGCAGAGUUGUGGCUGGAGUUGUUUCCCUUUCAGUUGAUCAGGGGGAGGGGAGGCUGGGUUAUACAUCUUCACUGUGUGCUUGGCUGCCUCACUGUAGAAAGUAAUUACUCCUUUGUGAAAUGGCAGUGUCAGCUGAUCUGUGCUGUGUACUAGCAAAAAACCUGAAGUAACAACUUGCAGUUUUUCCUGGCCUUGUGUUUUGAAGUGGAAGGUAGCUCAUAGAUCUGUAGUUGUAUUUGCCCCUAAAUCAAUUUUAGGCACUGAACUGUAGUGACUCUUCAAGUUACCUGGCUUCUUCUUGAAGCCAACUUGUGCAAAUAUCAAGCUGUUAUCUUAUGAAUGUUUUCUGCAAGUGUUGCUGUAAAAGUUUGUAUUUUGUCUUCAGUGGAAGAAAACUGAAACAGUUGUAAUCGCAAAACCAAAUUGAUAAAUAAAAUCUGUUGAAUGGAACUUUUACUUGUAAACUUUCUUUAAUGUGAGCAGUCACAGAGGGGACUGUCUGCCAACUUUCUGGAGAUAAGAGCUGUUUUCCAUAGGAUUUGAGGCAUACUGUAGGAAAAGGUUUGAAGAGUUAAGUUAGCUCUCCUAAAUACAGUGUGAACUUUGUGUCUGGUAUGUGCAACAAUACUGGUUCAGAUUUAGAAUUGUUUCCAAAAGAAUUCUCAUUGAGGUCAUGUUUUCCAUUUUGGUUUCACCCUGUUCUCUCCUUAAUGGCAAGGCAUUUACUAAGCGUUCACUUGGAACAACCUGUAAGGCUUAAUGCUCUUCUUCCCAGUAGCAAACCUUGUAAUACUGGAUGUCAGCCUGUAAGGUGGAAGAGGGACUGCAGUCUGUGGUUCCAGGGAGGCUGCUGUUAACCCCUGCACUGUAGCAUCUUUUCACAUGAAGAUCUUUGACCUUCAUGAAAAAGGUAUUGCUGUGAGCCUUACUUCUUUCCUGAUUGCACGAGAAAGAGGAGGAUAUUUGCUAGAGAAAGACUGUCAGUAUGCUUGAACAAGAGAAGAGAGGGGUGUGCAAGUCUGUAGUUGCAGACUGAUAACCAGCAAAAUGAUAACCAGCUCUGAGUGAAGUAACCUCAGUAGUUUCACAUCAUGACCUUGAUGCUCUUGUGGGUUGUGAAUGUGUCAGCAGGUAGUAUUGACAUAUCUAAGGCUCAUAUUACAGGAAAUUGCAAAAGCUUUAGUAGUAUUUCUGGAAAGGCUGUAUAGAAAUGGAGGAAACCUAGAGCUUCCUGAUGUACGUAAAAUUGCUGUGCCUUCCAGAAUAUCAUCCAUGUACUGCACCCAGUCAAGGAAGGACCGAGUUAAGUUUUUGUUACAAUGCAGCACUGAAAACCUAUGCACAUUUGUUUAUCCCUGUAGUACCAAGCCUGUGCUACUGCUGUUCUUUGAAGGUAGUCAGCUGUAGGUAUAGCAGUCAUUCAGAACUCAUCUUUGAAUUUUGCUGCAUUAAGCUGAGUAAUAACUUGGAGAAAUAUUUUUUCAAGAAGCUGUAAUUAGCCUGAGACAGCCCUUUUCCUUCUACAGCUGUGAUGACACAGAAGUGCUUCAUACUGAUGAUACUGUUCUACUUCCAAGUUGGCAUCUGGUUCCUGGAAUGUGCUAGAAUCACAUUUGAUGGCUUCUCUAGUGACAGCUGACCUUGUAUAGUUAUUGGUCACCUUGUCAUUCAUUUAGGGCAUACCUU